CUUGGCUUUAUUUGCUUGUUCUACAUUUUUAGACAGUCGUAGGACGAAUCAGUGGGAUGGGCAGUCUGGCAAGGACGUAUUGUUUAAUUUCUACAUAAGUUUAAUCUUUAAUAUUUUUCGUGCUUAGUGCUGUGUUAUUUUUGGUUAAAUAUACAAGAUUUGAAAUGGAGGAUAUAUUUCAUUGGUGCCGUGAAGGCAAUGCAAUGCAAGUAAGGGUUUGGCUAGACGACACAGAACAUGAUUUGAAUCAAGGUGAUGACCAUGGCUUCAGCCCAUUACAUUGGGCGUGUAAAGAGGGACAUGUGAAAAUUGUUGAACUUCUUAUUCAAAGAGGUGCUAGAAUUAACGUUACAAAUCGUGGAGAUGAUACACCUUUACAUCUUGCUGCAGCGCAUGGCCACAGGGAAAUUGUCCAUAUGCUACUACGAAAUAGAGCUGAUGUAAAUUUUACGAAUGAACAUGGUAAUACGCCUCUGCAUUAUGCAGCUUUCUGGGGAUACCAACAGAUAGCUGAAGAUCUGAUAAAUCAUGGAGCGCUUAUUUCUCUCGCUAAUAAAGAUGGUGCUACUCCACCAGAUAAGGCAAGAGGUUCAUUGGAAAAAAGAAUGAGAGAUCUUGCCAUUGAAACUGGUCAAGACCUCAAGAAAAUCACCUUUAAAGAUCAGAGCUGGUUAGGGCUUAAGACCAGAAGUCGAGAUGCUACUUUAUCUCGCCACAAAGGAAUCAAUAUGGACGAUUUAGCUUUGCAUACUCAGAUGGCUUCUACUCCUAGUGGUACAACAUGGCGUGGGCGGUGGCAAAAAAACUUUAUUGUUGCUAAAAUUCUCAAUGUAAGAGAAAUAACUCCGAGGAUUUCGAGGGAUUUCAAUGAGGAAUUUCCUAAACUCAGAAUAUUUUCUCAUCCUAAUGUUCUGCCUGUGAUUGGCUGCUGCAACACCCCUACUGACCUCGUAGUGAUUAACCAGCACAUGGCUUGGGGCUCCCUCUACACGCUGCUGCAUGAAGGCACUGGCGUUGUUGUCGAUUCGGCUCAGGCUUUAAGGUUUGCUGCGGAUGUCGCUAGGGGUAUGGCGUUCCUUCACAGCUUGGCACGUAUCACUCCUGCCUACCAUCUCAACAGUAGGCACGUUAUGAUUGAUGAGGACCUAACAGCGAGAAUUAAUAUGGCUGAUUGUAAAUUUUCAUUCCAAGAGAAAGGAAGAAUGUAUUACCCAGCGUGGAUGUCCCCAGACGCUUUGCAGAAGAAACCUACGGAUCGAAAUUGGGAAGCAUCAGAUAUGUGGAGCUUUGCCGUUCUCUUAUGGGAAUUGGCUACAAGGGAGGUGCCAUUUGCCGAUCUUUCCCCGAUGGAAAUUGGAAUGAAAGUUGCUCUAGAAGGACUAAGGGUUUCAAUUCCCCCAGGCAUAUCUACACAUUUGGCAAAGUUGAUUAAAAUUUGCAUGAAUGAAGAUCCAGGAAAACGGCCUACAUUUGAAAUGGUGUUGCCAAUAUUAGAUAAAAUGAAUAGAUAAAAGAAGAGCGGCCAUUUUUUAAUUCAUUGGCGAUUCAUUGAAAAUUAAAUAGACUACUACUUUAUAUUAAUGAAACUAACUGAUGAGUCCAUUUCUCUCUUCUUUUUUUUUUUUUUUUUUUAAUUUUGUUUUAUCACUUUAUUUUUAUAUGAAAAAAUGAAUUUUCUUACAAAUUAAUUUAACAGUUAUUAUUAAUUAUUCAUUGAUCACAUAUGCCAGUUGAAUGGAACAAUAUAUAAAUUCUUUUUUUUUCUUUUCAACUUCAUGUUUACAUCCACAAAUGUCUAAUACAUCAUUGACAAUCAGUGGAUUGUCUACGAAAAUUAGAAAUAAAAUUAUGAUAAGCCUUCUAUGGCAUUGUUUUAGACAACAAAUAAAUUUACAGAAAGUCUCUUCCAUGAUCUUUUCAGCCUCCUUGUGAUGUUACUGCAGCCAUUCUUAUUAUUAACUGGUUUUUAUGUUCCUAUAAAUUGUCAUGAAAUCGUUUGUUGUGAGUCCGUACGUAUUUGCUGACUUUAGGCAUUCUAAGGUAGCGUUUAAAGUCGCAUUAAAAGCGUAUCAAGGUGCCUGUGUAAUAAGUCUAAAUACUUUGGAUUGAAAUGUUUGGACUCUUUUUGGCAAAACCGAAAAUUUGAGAAGCGUAGGACAUAUGUGUAGGUAGCAAGUUUCUUUCUUAGUUUUAAUUUUGAUUGUGAUCUGAUUUAUAAGUAUAACAGUUUACUUUGUUGAUUUAACAUCUUACGUUUUUUUUUAAUGUGUGGGCCCCAAGAUAUAAAUUCUUAAAUGAGCAUUUAGACAUGACCACCUUAAAUAGUUUAGUUUAUUGAAUUAUGCAAAAACAAUACUGAAGUAUUUAAAUUUCAAAAUCUCAUUAUUUCAUUUAGCAUACUAUAUUGUAUACUAGAAAAAAAAAAAUUGCUCAAAACUAUUUUAUCAAAUAUAUUUAGUGACCCAAAGUAUGACUAUACUAAACUUAAAUAAGUCUUAAGGAUAUAUAAACUUACCGGACAAGUCUUCAGUACGUUUAAAGAACGCAGACAAUUAGACAACUUUGAUAACUUUGCAAAUUUUUCCUACUAAUAAAUCGUAAGGAAAAGCACUUUUCCUGGUAACAGUGUCUUCUAUUUUUUAGAAAUUCUGACAAUAAAUAUUCAAUGACUGAUAAAUAUCCAGUUAAAAACUCAAUUUUGAUUUUUUUUUAUGAAAUCUACCGACUAGUUGGUAUUUUGUUCAGCGCCUACUUAAAUUUGAAUGUUUUGACAAACAAUACUUUUUUUAUAAUUUUGUUUUUUGGGAGGGAGAUAAUCUUUUUAUUUAUAAAAAUAACAAAUUAUAUUUAUGCAAAGAUAGCAAAUAUAUAUUAUUAUUUUAAUAUUUUGUAUAAAUAAAUACUUUUGGGAUUCUGAAAUUUAUCAUACUGAAUUAUUAAUUAGCUAUUAAUGAUUUUAUUGCUGAGACAAUAUUUAUUGUUUUGUGUACUUAAGUUCAUAUAUUUUAUUAUUUAAAUAUAUUGGUUUUAAAACAUAACAAAUUUCAAAAACAUCCAAGAAAAAUUUAUUUUGGUGUUUUUGAUCUAUUUCUGUCAUAAAAAUUUUUGAUAAUAUCAACUUUUUUGGUACAUUUUUUUUUGCAAUAUGAUUUUUAAUUGUUAAAUUUUUAUUUUUGGAAGUCUUUAUUAAUUGUUCCAUUACAAUUGGCAUCUCAGUGAAUGCAAUUUAAUUUAUUUUGACUAAUUUGAAAAUGACUACCAUGUUUUUAAUAUGAAUAUUUGUUAAUGUUGUAUUAUAUGUUCUACAUUUAUAUAACUGUUGGAUUAAAAAUUUAUUCUUUUUUUUUAUUAGUUUGCUGUGCUUAGUAACUUAAUAUAUUAGCCAUUGCUCUAAAUGUGCUUUGUCAAGAUGCCCUUAUUGGUCAGUUAGUAAAACUUUGGUGGCUAUUUUUUAAACUAAGAAUGGUUUAGGGCUGUUUGUGCUACUGUAGCCUUUCCUUAUAAUACCCAUGUUAAUUUAGGAGAACUUUAUUUUUUGAUUUAUGUUUUUUUAUGAUUAAUUUUCUUAUAGUGGAUAAUAUUAUUUAUUGCUAUUAAGGGGAAUAAUUUGUUUUACUUGUCAAAUCGUCCAUCUCAAAGUGUGCUACUACUGUUUGGGUGCUACAAAAAUUGCAUUUUUCACUGCCAAAUAAAUAUAUAGUUUAGGAAAUAAACUGAACCACUUUAUGUAAUUUAAUAAACUGUGGCUGUGAUAUAUUUUCCAGAUAUUUAUAUUUUACUGAAAUCACUUUUUCUCUAAAACAUUCAUCAACUAUCGAUUUCUGAAGUCGUUUUCACAUUCAGUAAAACCUAGUUAAUCACUUUUCAUUCUUAAUAAGAUUCAGAAAUGGCCUGAUUUUAAAUGUAUCUAAGGUUUAUUUAUUCCACAUUUUUUAUCUUUAAAUUCUUGUUGGCCAUGGUAAAUUAUUUUUUUGUUCUUUAAAAUUAUUAUAUUAUAGAAAUGAAAAUAUAUUAUAAAGUUGGAUUUAGUUAUUAUAAUUCAUAAAUAUAUAUUUUAUUUGUACGUCUGAUAAUAAUUUGAUUUUUAUUCCAACUACUGAUGAUAAAAUUGACUCUCCCUUCGAUUCUGCUCGUUGCAGAAAAUUACUAGUCAAGCUUAAGGAAAAAAAUAUUUUCGUGUAUAUUGAAUUUGAUCUCUUGUUACAAACAAGGUUUCUAUUGAAUUUAUAGGAUUACUGAAAGACUUAUCAAUAUUUUUUAAAAGUGUGUUCAGUAUUUUUAUUAAAAAAAAAAAUCUAUAAACCAAUCUUUGGGUGAAUACAGGAAUAAUUAUUGUUAUUUUUUCUCUCUGUAAUAUAGUAGCUGAUAAGCUUUAGAUUUAUGUUAUAUUAUGUUAUUAUGUUAUAUGCCCUGUGGCAAUAAUUACAUUAAAAGCCGGUUCUAUUGUUGACUAAAUGUUAAAAAUACAUUCGAACCUUUAAAUAUCGAACUUAUAUGUUUCUUGAUAAAUAUUUUGUUUACAGAAAUUUCUAUUUAUUGAAAAAUUAAAAUUUAUCAUUGAUUAAAAAUCAAAAAUUAUUGGAUGUUCAGUAUAUAUAUAAGUUCGAUUGCUGUUUCAUUUUUAUUUUGAACAAAUUUACGAGGUUUAAAUAUAUAUUUUUUUAAUUUUAAAGGAUUGUUAAAUUGUUUAUUUAAAUAUAAUGUAUCUCCACAGCUUUAUUAGCAUUUUAAUUACAGAUCUGUCCAAUAUUAUGCCUUAUAUGAAGCAGAGCUUCAUUGCAUCAAGUGCCUCUUAACAUAAAUUGUAUGAAUUUCAUAAAUUUUAUUUGAAAUUUGUCAUUUCAUCAAUUUAUACACUUAAGGAGAAUUAUUUUUGCCCAAGUUUAUGAAGUUUCCUUGCCCUUUUAAAUUCUUUUCUCUCAUUUUUAGCCUUUAUUGCUCUUUCUUAAAUAAUUUAAAAUACAUACCUAUAUAUGUAUAAUGAAUGAUCUCAGCUCAAAUUUCAAGAGGUCAAAUCCGAGACUUAAUUAUAAUUUUUAUAAAAUUUUAAACUCUCUUGUGCCUUUAUAGUUACGUGAAUUAGGCCACCGGCAGAUUUUUUUUUUUAGGUUUCAUCUUGUGAAUUUGAUGUUAACAUGAUAUUAAUCGUGAUAGUGCCUUAACAUUUCUUUUUAUGUUGUUCUCAAAAAUGUUGUACUUAAACAGAUCUUUAAAAGUUGUUUUGAAUAAGGCCAGUUUCAUAAAUAUUGAUAAUUCAUUAUUUUCAAAUGAAUACUGUUGAUGUUAUUAAAUGACAUUCUUAAACGUAAAAACAAAUCAAUUAUACUUUCCUACACUUAAACCACUGUUUUCUUUUGUCAUCUAUAUUAGAUGGUUUUUAAAAAAAGUCUGCUAGUUAAUAUAUCUAUGAUUUUUAUAUGUUAUUGAUUUUUUUUUUUUUGCCACCAGAUUUUUAUCAUUAAACAAUAAUUUCUUUAACGUUGUGCCUUCAUUGGUAAAUUAUUAAUGAAGUACUUUUCAAACUUAUGAAUCAUUAUAAGUAUUAACCAAUAAAAAAUAAAUAAAUGAGAAGAUAUAGAAUUAUAGUAAAUUAAAAAUUGAUUGCAUGGAUAAUAUUCAUAGAUGUAGAUUUAUGUUUUAACGUAUUAAUAGUUCAUUAAUAAUGUUGUUAAAAUGAAUUUAAUCAAAACUGAUUGUUGAUCUUAGUAAUAUCAUGUGUUUUAUAGUUAUAUACAUUUAUCCAGUCUAAUUAAAACAUGAUUGGUUGGUUAAGUUAAAUAUGCAUUUAGCAAAAAGAUGUUUUUAUCAAUACGGUCCUGAAACGCUUUAUAAUAAAAUUAACUAGUAUUUAGGUAAUCAGUAGAGAUAAAUAUUUCAAAAUGAAUUUACUAGUUUAGGUAUUAUGAUAGUAGAAUUAAUUAAAGUAAUACUAUAUUAGUCUUCCAAAAACAUUAUCCGCAAUAUUAUAUUAGAAUGGACUUUAAUUAUUGUUAAAAAAUAAAAAAAAUGUCAAAUUUGUUGGGAUGUUUAAUCCAGACAUUUUUUUUUUUAAAUUAACGUACAUUAUGUAGAUUAAUUGUUAGUUAAAAAAAUAAAUUUAUGCUUGUACAAAUAAAAUUGAAACAAUAUUUGUUGACAAUUUAAUGAUUAUAUAAAGUUGAUUGUGUGUGUGUAUAUUAAUUUGUGCUAAAUUAUGUAUUUUUAUUAUUGAAAGAUAGUAUAUGUUACUGAUUCCAUUAAUUAAUUUUUUUAAACUAACUUAAAAUUUGAGUAUUAUGUAAUAUAUUUAUUUAUUUUUGUAAUUUGAUUUGAAAAUUCGAGUGUCAUGGAAUUAUGUUGAAAUUAACUUUUAUAUAUUUAUUGUUAAUUUGUAUAGAUUUUAAUGUUAAUACAUGCAUUAUUUUGGAUUUAUUUUAAUUUGUUUUUAUCCAUUCCUUGAU